AUGGGUCGCGUUCGUACCAAGACCGUCAAGAAGUCCGCCAAGGUCAUCAUUGAGCGGUACUACCCCAGGCUGACGCUCGACUUCGAGACCAACAAGCGGGUGUGCGAUGAGAUUGCCAUCAUCGCCUCCAAGAGGCUGCGCAACAAGAUUGCCGGCUACACUACCCACCUCAUGAAGCGUAUCCAGCGUGGUCCCGUCCGCGGUAUCUCCUUCAAGCUCCAGGAGGAGGAGCGUGAGCGCAAGGAUCAAUACGUCCCCGAGGUUUCCGCCCUCGACUUCUCCGAGGCUGGCCAGCUCGAGGUCGACGCCGAGACCAAGGACCUGCUCAAGCACCUUGGCUUCGACUCGAUCCCCGUCAACGUUACUACCGUCACCCAGAGCCCCGUCAUCGAGCGCGGCGGCAGGCGGUUCGGCGGUCGC